AUGGAGUUGCCAGUGUUGCAGGACCAAUUAUUUAAUGAUCGAGUUAGAAUAUGGCAGGAAUACUUAGAUCAUAGAUCAGAUGAUCCAAAUAUCAUUAAUUAUCAUGAAGCAAUCAGGCGUAUGCUUCAUCUUGAAGAAAGACGGUUAAUUGUUAAUAUUGAUGAUAUCAGAGACUAUAAUCGUGAUUUUGCGGAUGGAUUAUUAAAUCAACCAGCGGAAUAUUUACCUCCAUUUAAUAAAGCUUUACGUGAUGUUGUUUUAACUGUAAGAGAUAUUACAAAACAUAAAGUAGAUGAUAUGUUGUUUUAUAUUGGAUUUGUUGGAUCAUUUGGAGACCAGCAUGUUACUCCACGCAGUAUUCGUGCUCAAUAUUUAGGAAAACUUGUCUGUAUUGAAGGAAUUGUUACUAGGUGUUCCCUUGUACACCCAAAAGUUGUUAAAUCUGUUCAUUAUUGUGAAAAAACUAAUCUUUUUCAUUACCGAGAAUAUCGAGAUGUUACGACUAUAGGCAAUGAAUUGCCAACUUCUGCUGUUUACCCUACACAAGAUGAGAAUGGGAAUCCUCUUACAACAGAAUUUGGGUAUUCGGUUUACCGCGAUCAUCAAACUAUUUCUAUUCAAGAAAUGCCUGAAAAAGCACCUGCAGGGCAAUUACCAAGGAGCAUUGACGUAAUUAUGGACGAUGAUUUAGUUGAUCGUGUUAAGCCUGGUGACCGUGUUCAAUUAGUAGGUCUUUAUAGGGCCCUAGGGAAUAGAAAUGCAUCAUCAUCAAGCUCUACUUUUCGUACACUUAUUAUUGCAAAUAAUGUUAUUUUGUUGUCAUCUAAGGUUAACGGAGGUAUUGCACAGAUGACUAUUACAGAUACAGAUGUACGGAAUAUAAAUAAACUUUCUAAGAAAAAGAAUAUUUUUGAAUUACUUUCUCGGUCUCUUGCACCGAGUAUUUUUGAAUAUGAAUAUAUUAAAAAGGCAAUCCUUCUUCUUCUUCUUGGAGGAAUUGAGAAAAAUCUUGAUAAUGGAACACAUAUUAGGGGUGAUAUCAAUAUUUUAAUGGUGGGUGAUCCAUCUACUGCAAAAUCUCAAAUGCUUCGUUUUAUUGUAAACACUGUGCCAUUGGCUAUUGCAACUACUGGGCGUGGAUCUUCCGGUGUAGGUUUAACAGCUGCUGUUACGACUGACAAAGAAACUGGAGAACGUCGUCUUGAAGCUGGUGCUAUGGUAUUAGCAGAUCGUGGAGUAAUUUGUAUUGAUGAAUUUGAUAAAAUGUCUGAUAUUGAUCGUAUUGCAAUUCAUGAGGUUAUGGAACAACAGACUGUUACUAUAGCAAAGGCAGGGAUUCAUACAUCUCUUAACGCAAGAUGUAGUGUUAUUGCUGCAGCAAACCCUGUCUAUGGUCAGUACGAUACUCACAAAGAUCCUCAUCGUAAUAUUGCUUUACCUGAUUCUUUAUUAUCUCGAUUCGAUCUUUUAUUUGUUGUUACAGAUGAUAUUGAUGAAGCACGUGAUCGAUCUAUCUCUGAACAUGUAUUACGUAUGCAUCGCUAUUUAGCACCUGGUGCAGAGGAAGGUGUUCCUGUUGUAGAUAAUUACGGAAAAAAUUUAUCUAUAGGUGUGGAAAAUAAUAUAGACAGUUUAAUUUAUGAAAAAUCAAAUCAGAUAUUUUGUAAUGGUCUUUCAAAUAAAGAAAAAACAAAAAAUGAUGAAAUUUUGAGUAUUUCUUUUUUAAAAAAAUAUAUUCAAUACGCAAAAAAUAGAAUUAAACCUAUACUUACAAAAGGAGCAGCUGAUCAUAUAAUAAGUACAUAUAGUGCUUUACGAAAUGACGAGUUAGGUGCUAAUCAGCGCAAAACAUCACCAAUAACUGCACGAACAUUAGAAACACUUAUUCGUUUAUCAACUGCGCAUGCAAAAGUCAGAUUAUCUCAAAAAGUUGAGGAGAAAGAUGCAUAUGUUGCAGAAGAAAUUCUUAGAUACUCUUUAUUUAAAGAAGUUGUAAAAGAUGAACGGCGUAAACGACUUCGGCUUCAAACGAAUCAAGAUAGUGAAAGCGAGGAAAAUGAGGAAAGGAGAACAAAUAUACAGAGUGAGAAUUUUCAAUUGAGAAGAUCAACUAGGCAAUCUACUACAAAGCGAUAUACUGAUGACAAUGAUAUAGCUAUAGAUGAUAUUGAUGAUUCAGGUUAUAGAGAAGAGCAGCCUAGUGAAAAAAGUAUGCAAUUGGAUUUUCAACAAGAAACACAAGUUUCAUGGGGUUCAACACAAUCACUUGGUUCAGAAUCUCAACCCGAUCAAGAUAGCCUUUUUAAAGAAAGUACCCAAAUCAGUCAAUCUUCUGAGCAGAUUAUAUCACCAUCUAGAUUUUUAUUGUUUUCAUCUAAAUUAUCGCAGCUUAUUACAGCACCUUUCUUUAGUGAAGAAUAUGUUCAUUUUAACGAUUUAUUGGCAGAAAUUAAUAAGGGUCUAGCACAGGAAGAAGUGUUCACACCUCAUGAAGCAAAUGCUGCACUUAAUAAACUUGCUGAUCAAAAUAAAAUCAUGGUUUCCAAUAAUAUUAUUUAUAAAAUUUAA